AUGUCAGUAGGCAACCAAACGGUUGUAGUGGAGUUCAUUCUGCAAGACUUCUCAGAUGACCCACAGGUUCGGGCCCUGCUCUCGGUCCUUUUCCUCCUCCUCUACCUGAUAGCCCUUGCAGGAAACAGCCUCAUCAUCACACUCAUCACACUGAGCCCAGGUCUGCACACCCCCAUGUACUUCUUCCUUGUCAACCUGGCCAUUUUGGACAUCAUCUGCACAACCACUGUUCUUCCCAAGCUUCUGGAGAGCUUGCUGGUCCAGGUGGACACCAUCUCCUAUCAGGGCUGCCUGACCCAAAUCUUCUUCCUGAUCUGGUCCCUUGGUGCAGAGCUGUUGUUGCUCACAGCCAUGGCAUUUGAUCGCUAUGUGGCCAUCUGCCAGCCACUGCGGUAUGGCACCAUCAUGAGUUGGCCAGUGUGUGUAAUGUUAGCUGUAGCUGUGUGGACAUUCAGUGCCAUCAACUCAUCAGUGCACACAGGCCUCAUUGCAAAGCUGACCUUCUGUGGCCCCAACCACAUCCCCCACUUCAUGUGUGAAGCCCCCUCACUGCUGCUGCUGUCUUGUAGCUCCACAAAACUAAACAAUGUCAUGAUUAUCAUUGCUGAUGUCUACUUUGGUGUGAUCAACUUCUUUCUCACACUGGGCUCCUACGGUUACAUCGUGGCCAGCAUCCUCCGCAUCCGCUCAGCUUCUGGCAAGCGCCGAGCCUUCUCUACCUGCUCCUCCCACCUCCUGGUUGUCACCUUGUACUACUCCACUGUCAUUUACACCUACUUCCUUCCUGGCUCUGGUUCCUCAAUGGAGAAUGGCAAGGUGGUGACUGUGAUGUACACAGCAGUCAGCCCUGCUGUGAACCCACUCAUCUACACGUUGAGAAACAAGGAUGUGAAAGCUGCCCUCCAGAAACUGGCCCCUGCCUCCCGCAUCCUCCGCAUCCGCUCAGCUUCGGGCAAGCGCCGAGCCUUCAAUACCUGCUCCUCCCACCUCCUGGUGGUCAGCUUGUACUACUCCACUGUCAUCUACACCUACUUCCUUCCUGGCUCUGGUUCCUCAAUGGAGAAUGGCAAUGUGGUGACUGUGUUGUACACAGCGGUCAGCCCUGCUCUGAAUCCGCUCAUCUACACAUUGAGGAACAAAGAUGUGAAAGCUGCUCUCCAGAAACUGUUCCCUGCCUCCUGGUGA